AUGCGGAGCAUGCCGGGGCACUCGCCAGUGGAGCUGAGGAUUCCUGGUGAGUCGCAGAGUUGCAGCUUGAAAUUUCUGCCAGAUGAGCAGGUCAAGGUGGGCUACUCCCACAAAGGGAAUGACUUGUACUGGAAGAUUGGCCUUGCGAUUGAUGACGUUGACGCAGCGAGCAAGUGCCUAGGAUGUUCCCCUGGAUCGCAAUUUCUGGAUAUUGGUUUUCUAACCCAUUUGGCUGAUCCUGCUGGCUUUUGCAUUGAGCUCCUGCAAACAACCUUCGAAGCUUCCUCGGCCCAACGCGCUCGGAGGCUGGCAGACCGCGCCGCUUCCGCGGCCGCGACCUCGCGGCUGGGGCAGUUCGUGAUCGGUCAGAUUACCACGCGCAUCACUGAGCCAACACAAAGCCUGGACUUCUACCAGAAGGUGUUGGGAAUGAAGCUCUUGUCGAUUCAACCGGUGAAGCGCUACAACUUCACACUCUAUUUCCUGGCCUACACGGAGGAGACUCCACCCAACGCGGAUUUGGAGGCCGUGGAGAACCGGGAAUGGCUUUGGCAACGGCCCUACACCACACUCGAGCUGCAGCACCGCUGGGGGAGUGAACCUGGGUCAUUGCGCCCAGCGCCUCCGGAGGAGGAGGGCUUGGUCUCGAUCCAAGUCUUGUGGCCAAAGGAGCAGCUCAGCCGUUUGCCGCUCAAUCCCAAGGGCCGGCUGAGGGAUCCCGAUGGCUUGGAGAUCGAGGUGCUUGCGGUCUAG